AUGUCAAAUUUUGAUAAUUUCUCAAAUGAGAUUUUUGUCGAGAUUUUGCUUUAUUUGAAAGAAUUGAGGAUUGUAUUUACAUCUAGACGUUUUUGUCUAAUUAUCAGAGAUUCUCAUUUCAGAUUCAGAUGGCUUGUUUUAAAUUAUAAUCAUUUUUCAAAAGAAAAUUUGAUUAGAUUUGGACGUACUUUCUUUAAUGUAGAGCUAAUCAAGAUGAUUAUAGAUAAUAAGAAUAAAUUUAUUGAUGAAGAUAAAAAAAUCGAAACAAUUUUUUUUCAUGUUGCUUAUAAUUUACACAAAACGGAAAAUCAUGAUAAUCGAGUUAAAGCAUUAUCAAUUUUUGAGAUAAUUGAUUCUCAAUAUUGGUUAGGAUAUUAUAAUGAAUGGGGAUAUGGUG